GCUGCCGUGGGGCUGAGGCGGGGGUCGCUGGGGGGAGCUGGAGGUUGCCGGGGGGGGGCUUCUCGGCCCCUCACGGCCCCUCCUGCGGGACAGGGCGGGGGCUGCUCCCUCCCCUCCUGCCCCCCCCUCUCUAGCGCGGGGGCCCCAGGGCCUGUCCCGGGCCCGUCGGUGGGAGCCGGAGCCGGGAGGGGCUCGGCCGGGGCCUGCCCGGGGCCUGUCCGGUGUUAGCGCCUCACCCGGCUCGUGGGGGUCCUCGGGAAGUUGAGCGCUCCGGGGUUUUCCUUUCCUACAUGAAACGUGGUCAUGGCAGACCCGGAGUAUGUGCUUUGCAAGUGGAGGAAGCGUUUGUGGCCAGCGAAGGUUUUGUGCAAAAGUGGAGAUGCUGGAAAAUCAUCCAUCGCUAAUGCAGAGGAGGCUUCUCUGGAAGUCGAAAUACUUGGCUUAAAAGAAAAGGUUAGUGUGAACUCUGCAGAUGCAGUUCCACUGAAUGAGGAACGUAUAGAAGAUAUUGCCUCUAACUUAGGUGAAAAGACAGAUGCUAGUGAAGUUGUGGAUGAACUGAAAUAUCGAUGUGCUCUUAGAACUGCUCUGGAUUUUUUGAGUGACAAUGCAGCAGCCAGACAAGUGCCACAGUUUAGAGAGGGAGUGAGUCCUCUAUUAUCUGAGGCGAAUAAUAGGGGAUCUCUCUCAUCUACCCCCUUACGUAGCUGUCGGUCACUCUGUCACCUUAAAGAAAAGUUGGAGCCUGAGACUCCCAAGAAGAAAACAGAGAGAAAAAAUAGCCCCAACCUGAAGACUGAUAUAAGAAAACAAAACCAGAAAUGUUCUCUCCUUUUGGAGAAGAGGGCUAAAGCAAAUGAAAAUGGAACAAAGCCUUCAAAACAUAGUGCUGGGGACUUGUAUAAUACAUCAAACUCAAAUGGUCAAAAUUGCACAAUGCCAGAAUCACAAUCACUAUCGAGACAGAAAAGAGCCAAAUCCAGUUUGUCAACAAAGUCCCAAACAGAAAAUAAACUUGUGCUUAAGCCGAAGGAGGAAAAAAGUAAACAAGGACAAAGAAGACCAGGUGCAGGAUCACCUGUGCGACUUCCAAAUAACCUCCCCAAAGUUCAAGCACAGCCUCUUGCUGAGGACACUUCUCUGUCUGUGACCUGUAAGUCUUACACAGUGGCAAAUGUCAGAAGCAGGACAAACAGUAGGUGUCAACCUAAAAGGGUGUUACUGGAUUUAUCUUGUAAAAGUGCCUCUGACUUGGAGAAGAACAUCAGAAAUGAGAGCAAAAAUCUAGUAAAGCAAUUGGGUGGGGGAAAAAAAACAGCGAGUUCGAAGCAACUGAAAGAACAAGAGACCAGUGUACCCGUGUCCUCGUACAGAAAAAGGAAAUGCAGAAAUGGCCCUGAGCCUUCAUCCAGGCCUUCUCACCGUGGAAAGCUUUCUGAUGGUUUUCUCUCCCAGCCUGAAGAGGAGGAAAGCAAGGAUACUCCACGUGUGCCUGCGAGUAAAGUACAGGAGUUUCAGCUGUCUGACUUCAACGAAGAUGAAGGACUGGAAUCUUCUGACCUGCCUUCAGAGAUCUCUUUCACAGAGAAUCUCUCUCACCUCUCAGCUCUGGUAGAUGAAGACGAGGAGGAGGAUGAAGAACUCCCUAGUAUUCUAUCUCAUCAAGAGCCACAAUUGAUUGAGGAAGGGAUUUUGGUCUGGUGCAAAUGGCAAAGGCAUCCUUAUUGGCCAGCAGUGGUGAGAAAAGUGAAGCGGAAACACAGAAAGGCAAAUGUGCUGUUCAUAGAAGGGAAUGUAAAUGACAAGAAAAAAGGCUUCUCAGUAUCUCUUAAGAGUCUGAAGCACUUUGAUUGUGAAGAAAAGCAGGACCUCAUUGACCAAGCCAAAGAAGAACAUCGCCAAGAAAUUGAGUGGUGUAUUCAAUUGAUCUCUGAUUAUCGAAUUAGAGUAGGUUGUCAUUCUUUUACGGGAUCCUUCUUGGAAUAUUUUGCUGAUGAUAUCAGCUAUCCAGUUAGAAAGCAGUGUUAUCAAGGUUUAGUCCAAAUGACAUUUCCAAACAUAGCAGAAGAAAAUCUCGAAGAGUCUUUAUCAGAAACUUCACCUCAGAAGCCUUCUAAGAAACUUCUUCCUGACAGAACAAGGGCCGCCAGAGAUAAAGCAAAUAAAAAGAUAGUGGAGUUUAUAGUGAAGACUAAGGGGGCAGAAGAGCAUCUCUUGGCUAUUUUGAAAAGCAGAAAACAGUCUCGGUGGAUGAAGGAAUUCCUGAAUUCAAGUCAGUAUGUGACCUGCAUUGAAACUUAUUUAGAGGAUGAAGAACAACUGGACCUAGUAGUAAACUACCUGAAGGAAGUAUAUCAUGAAAUAGACACCGAAAAUCUCCGUCAAAUAAAUGGAGAUAGAAUAAAAUUUAUUUCGGAUGUUCUUUUGCCUGAAGCCAUAAUUUAUGCGAUUUCUGCUGUGGACGACAUAGACUACAAAAAAGCAGAAGAGAAAUACAUAAAAGGACCAUCUGUGAGCAAAAGGGAGAGAGAGAAAUUUGAUGAAGAAAUUCUGGAAAGAAAGAAGUUGAAGACCGAAUUGGAAUCUGCAGACAGCCUAUAAAAAGGGUGGUACAAACUUUCACGUGUUGCACUGGCACUGUAUAUAUUGGAGAAGUGAUUAUUUGUAUUAAAAUCAUUCUUGCUUUUUAAAGUCUGUGUAGAUAUCUUUAAAAUGUGAUCGUUACAAUGCUGCAUUACUGUCGGAUGUGGUUGUAUCUUCAGUCCUUGCUGCCGCCUCUGUGUACUGGAGCUGUGAGCUGCUUCCCUUUGUCCCGCCGUGUUGAACUGCCUGCAAGAGGUGAUGCAAACUGCAGUAAUCCUGCAGGUGUGCUGCCAAUCUGUCCUCAUCCAGCCAGUGCACUUAACGUGGGAUUUACAGGAACACAGCAAGUGUUUUGGAGAGCUGCUCGAUGCAGCUGUUUAAGUCUUGUGUGAAUUACUGACCAAAUUUCUGACAAAGGAAGGGCUAUUGUCCUCAGAAAAAUAUGUACUGAUAAUUUAUGUAGCCUUGUAUUAUUGUCUGGUGACUUUGCUGCUACCUGAAUAUGCACAGGUUUUCUGCCCAGAAGUGUUUUGGACAGUUUUUUUUUGUCUUAAAGGUGUGGGAAAUAAAAUUGGUACCUACUCGUGCAAUCCAAUUCACAAUGGCUUUGUUCCUGUUGAUAGAACGACUGCAACAUUCAGCAGAAAAGGAAUCUAGUGUUUGUUUGAAAAGAAAAAGCCUUUGCUUUUCCAUUUUUUAAAAGUGAAUCUAUUUUGAAUGCUAUUUUAAAAAUGUUUGAUUGUCAGUGAUUUUUCAGGAACACUUUUAACUGUUUUUAUCUGAUUUAAAUAUCAAGUUUAAUCAGGCGUUGUUACCUCCCUCAGCUUUUGCUGAAAUUCUGACAGACCUUUAGCAUAAUUGAUAACUAUUUAGUGAUGGAAGCUCAGUGAUCAUUAUUUUUGUGUAUUACAGUCAAAGGGUGAUAUAGUUGUCCAGUAAAAAAAAAAAAACAACAGGGGAAUUUAAAUGUGAAAUUGGAUAGUGAUAUAUAUUCUGGCCACAGUAAUUAUCUGAAUAUAUUUUAAUUACUUUGAAUUACAUGGUACUCUGAGACUGAAUAUGCACUUGCAAUCCUUGUGUUUGCAUAGCAAAGUGACAUUUGCAAGUACUGAAAUCAUGUAAUAAAUACUGAGAUGGGCUUUAUUUCAGUUUUCAUUAGAACGUGUGAUAGGGGGUAAUGCAUCUUUUGUACAUGUGAUAGCCCAAAGCAGUUACAGAAUUAACUCUAGAGGUGAGUGAUACCUGCGAGCAGAGUUGUGUCAUCUACAGCUGCUUCAGGCUGCGUGAGCUUCUUCCCCGGGGAAAAAAAAAAAUGCUGCAGCAAAUACCCGUCCUGCAGGCACUGUUUGUUGGGGGUUCAAAGAAAUCAAACUGGCCUCAGGCUCCUUCUUCUUCAUAACAUCCCCAAAGUACUGUUAAGAUCCUUUUUCAAACCGCUGCACGGAAAUAAACUUCUGCCCCCCUUGCCUUUACCUAAAUCUUCACUUUUCAUAACAUCCAUCUCAAUCUUAGCUGGAUGUUUAAAAUGAGAACUCGUCUGUGUCAAAUCAAAUUGCAUUCUUCUGAAGGACAGCUAGGAGUGUCCAUAGAGUUUAAGCACUUUAAAAUGUUUACAUCUUUAAGAACACUUAACAUCUUGGCAUUGCUUAUACUACUUUAACUAUUCAUAGAUGGAGACCAAAUUCACUCUUGCAAUGUACAGUAUUAUGUGGUCUUAAUUAACAGUGGUGGAAUAAAGAAGUGAAUCC